AUGAUGUUUGAAGAUAAUGAAGAUACACCCGUUACUUUAACAAUAAAUAAAGCAUAUGCAAAUAAAUACCAGACAUGGCGAGAAAAAGAAGAAAAACAAAAAUUAACAGCUCGAUAUGGAAGUGAUAUUGAAGAUGAUUCUGAUGAAGAAUCUGAAGAUGAAAAUGCUCAAGAAUGGACAGAUGAACUAGAAAAAGAAUUUCUUCGUUGUUAUUCAAUUCUUAAAAAACAUGAUCCAAAAAUUUAUGAUUCUAAUACAACUUUUUUUAAUGCAUCAACAUCUAAUGAUAAUAAUCAAAUAAAUAAAAAGAAAAAAGAAAAAAAAAUGACUUUAAAAGAUGCCGAAAUUCAAUAUGCUUUUGCAGAAGCUAUGAAUAAAGAUGAAGAUCAUAAUGAUAAUCAUAUUCAAACUAAUGGUAAAAAAUCAAUCAUCGAAGAACAAGAAGAAAUUAAAAAAAGUAUUAAAAAUGUUCUUUCAACGACGGAUGAUGAUGUAUUAUUGACAAAGAAAAUAAAAACUGAAGCCGAAAAAGUUAAAGAAGAAGAAGCUUAUAUUGAAUGGUUGAAAGGACAAAAAACUGAAUUACCUGAUUCAUCGAUUAAAUCAGAUCUGAAAUAUUUACAUGAUUAUUGGAAUGAUCCAUCAUUAUCGGAACGUGAUAGAUUUUUACGUGAUUUUAUUCUAAAUAAAAUGCAUUUGCAACAUGCUGAUGACGACGACGAUGAUGAUGAUGAAACAAGAAUUCCAUCAUAUGAUGAAAUAAUCAAUCAAAAGGAAGAUGACGAUGAAGAAUUUGAAAAAGCUGAAGAAUUCGAAAGAAAAUUUAAUUUUCGUUACCAAGAACCUGAUUCUGAAUUUUUAAAACGAUAUCCACGAACGAUUGAUGAUAGUGUGCGUCGAAAAGAUGAUCGACGAAAAUUACAACGUGCAGAAAAAAAACAACGAAAAGAAUUUGAACGAAAACAAAAACUCGAAGAAAUUAAGCGUUUAAAAAAUUUAAAAAAAAAAGAAAUUUUUGAUAAAAUGAAACGUUUAAAAACUGUUGCCGGUGAUGAAGAUUUACCAGUUAAUAUUGAUGAUCUUGAUGCAGAUUUUGAUCCAAAAGAAUACGAUCGUCGAAUGCAGGAAUUGUUUAAUGAUGAUUAUUAUCAAAAAGGUACUGAUGAAACAGAUAAACCUGAAAUAUCCGAUGAAGAACUUCAAGUGGAAAAUUGGGAUAAUACAGAAGAAGAACAAGUGUCAAAACCUGUGCAAUCAAAUACUCAAGAAGAACAAACAACAAAAAAAUCGAAGAAAAAAUCAAAACUACGCCAAGCUAUUGCGCAAACAAAACCAACGUUUAAUCCGAAAGAAAAAUCUUUUGAACAAUAUUUUAAUGAAUAUUAUAAACUUGAUUGUGAAGAUUUUAUUGGUGAUAUGCCUGUUAGAUUUCAAUAUCGUCAAGUCGAACCAAAUAAUUUUGGCUUAACUGUUGAAGAAAUUCUUGCAGCUGAAGAUCGAGAACUUAAUGCAUGGUGUUCAUUAAAAAAAACAUCACAAUAUCGAUCAAAAGAUGAAGAACUUCGAGAUUAUCAUGUUUACAAAAAUAAAGCAAAAAAUAUCGAAAAAAAACAACAAAUUUUAACAAGUGUUUAUCAAGAAAAAAAUAAUAACGAUGAAAGGUAA